CAGGACGGCAACUCUGCAAUGUGGCAGCAGCCGCCGACGAACUGGGACGACUUUGGCCGGUGGGCCGCGCCCGUGCUCAAAGAGGCCGCGCCCAUCGAAGAGCGUAGCUAUGCCCACUCGCGCUCCAUGACGAUCCUCAAGGCGCUGGAGUGCGCCAAGCUCCUUUCCGCACCCGGUGUCCAGCACAAGAAGCACAAGGCCACGACGGCUUUGAGUCCCAAGAAGAAGCUGGUGUUGCACAUUGUCGGCGCGGAUCAGCGCGAAGGGACUUCGGUACACGCAACGCUCAAGGUGUUUGAGGUCCUUCUCGCUGCCUUUGGGAGCGCCGACCACGGCUACGACGAACUCGUGCUCGUCCUCAUUGGGCCGAACGUCGAGCAGCGUCUGCAUGGCACGGCAGCCACAAGCGCGAUCCCCGGCAGCGACAAGAGCGUCUGCGUUGUGUAUGCGUCGGAGCUCUGGUCGGAGCACCUCGCGGGCCCGACGUACGUGUCGCCGUCAGCCAUCUUUUGCUUCAACGCUGGCGUGUGGGGCUACGACGAUUGGCUCCCGACGUUUGCGCUCAUGAUGGCCGAGGAGCCCAAGACACCCAUUGUCAUCACGUCGUACAAUGCGCUCGAAGCGAUCGACGACGCCGACUGCCUCGACGAUUUGGAAAUGGAUUUCGUCUGGCGCUGGCGGCACGAGGCGAACGCGUUCCUGUGCCUCACGCAGCGCGCGACGCAGCACACACUGCCGGACCGCGUCUUGAACGAAAACCACUCGUGGCAGUGCAUUGCAGCGACCCACGUGUCGCACUAACUAGAAGUGACGUACGUCGGUCGUUGGAUAACCCAUCAAUUCACCUGUAAACAACUUCUU